CAAAGAUGAUUUCGAUAUCAUCGUUCUAGCAAGGAUAAUUUCGAUACUAUCGAUCUUGCAAAAACGAUUCCGAUAUCAUCGUUCUAGCAAGAAUGAUUCCGAUAUUAUUGUUCUAGCAAGAACGAUUUCGAUAUCAUCGUUCUAG